GCUGUGCUUUAACAAUUGAAGAGAAAGAUAAGAGAAAGGAAAAGAAAGGGUUCUACCAAAACUGACGUGCUUACUUCAUAUCUUGUUCAAGUGCGCGUAAAGAUGUCUGCCACCGCAGUCUUCAGAAAUGGUCGAGUCUUCACAGUCGACGACAAAUUCACCAUUGCGGAAUCCCUCGCUAUCCGUGACAACACCAUCGUAGCUGUUGGAUCUGACCUCGAAGUUUCAAAAUGGAUUGGACCUUCGACAAAAAUCACCGAUCUCCAAGGGCGAUCUCUGCUCCCUGGGAUCAACGAUUCGCAUCUCCACGCCCUCAUCAUGGGCGUCACUUCGCCGCCCCAGAGCGUGAACGUGGGAUUCCCCUCUGUGAAAUCGAUCGCUGAUAUCCGCAGCAUUGUCGCCUCAGAAGUCAAGAAGAAGAAUCCUGGGGAGUGGAUAAUCGGCAGCGGGUGGUUUGAGGACAAUCUGGAGGAAUGCAACGAAAAGAGCGGGACUAAAGGCCGACUGCCACAUCGAGACGACAUCGAUGAAGUGUCUCCAAACAACCCGGUCUUUCUACAGGAUUUCUCGUUCCACAGGUCCUGGGUCAACUCCGCGGCGCUGGCCGUCGCAGGCAUUAAUGACCUCGACAUCUCAUCUCACGGUGGCAAUGUCUUGAAAGACGACAAAGGGAAACUCACGGGCGUGUUCUGCGAAGGCGCCCAGUCACUGGUACAAGGAUACCUCCCAGCCGUGAACGAAGACCUCAGAGAGCGCAGCAUCAAAGCCGCCGUCUCCCGCAUCCAAGCCUUCGGCAUCACCAGCCUCACCGACCCAGCCCUCGGACCCGGUGGAGAAAAGAUGGGCGGCCGAGCAGCAGGAACCGCUGCCAUACACACAUAUGCCAGGCUCGCACGCUCCGGGACAUUAGGAGUCCGAGUGAACGCUCUCUACCUCCCCGCGCCCCAAUCUGGCGCCACACCAGAAGAAUACGCGCAACAUGUCGAAGCGGCCACAUUGUCCCCUCCAGACGUCGACCCGCGCCAUUUCCGCGUCAUCGGCAUGAAGGUGUUCGCAGAUGGGAUCCCGACCGCCCACACGGCCUGGAUGCACACUGCGUACACCAACGCGCCCACCUGCGGCUCGCUCUGCAUCGGCGGGUCCUCGCACGACCAGCGCGUCGAGAACCUCGACAAGAUCAUCAAAAUCGGGCACGACCUCGGACACCAGCUAGGCAUCCACGUCACGGGCGACAAGGCCAUCGACGCCGUGGUUGACGCGCUCGUGGCAGCGCAGAAGGCGAACCCGAGGCCGGAUCCUAGGCACUACUUGAUCCAUGGGAACUUGGUGUACGAGCCGACGCUGAAGAAGAUGGCGGCGCACGGCAUCGGCGUGAACUUCAACCCCGGCAUCAAGUGGGAGGUUGCGGAUGGCGAGGCGGAGGUCAUAGGGGAUGAGAGGGCGGAGUACGAGUUCCCGUAUGCGUCUGCGUUGCGGGCUGGAGUGAAGGUGAUGAGUAGCUCGGAUGCGCCUGUCGUACCGCCGGAUUGGCGUCAGGGGGUUGCGACGAUGAUGUUAAGGCAGGGGAGGAGUACGGGGAUUGUUAGUGGGAAGGAUGAAUGUGUUGGGUUGGAGGCAGCGUUGAGGACGUAUACGAUCAAUGGGGCAUGGCAGGACUUCGCGGAGAGUUGGAAGGGUUCGUUGGAGGUGGGAAAGGUGGCAGAUCUUUGUGUUGUCGGUGCUGAUUUGAUGGCAGUGAGUCCGCAGGAGAUUCCGAAUGUGCCUAUAGAUGUGACUAUUCUGGACGGGAAGACUGUAUACUCUCGGGUCUAG